AGCUGUUUUUCAAACGUGCUAGAUUUUACUGGCUGAAAUUUUACCAGCACGAAUAUGCAACUUUCUCUCUAAACUAAACGCCAGAAUUGCGCUCUCUCGUUACAAAUUUUAUUGAGUUUUUGGUUCAACGAACGAAAGGUUCAGUAAAGUUCAGUUAAAAUCGUUACUGUCCAUCUAGUCGACCAAAAGAACUAUUAUCUCUUUUAUAUUAGUUAUACAUACAUAUGUACAUAUGUACAGUGACUUAUGCACCCGUAAAACAACUAUUGUCAAUUUAUAUCCGGUGGAAAAAGUUAGCAUGCAAAUAAAAAUUUGGAUUAUUUCAAUAUUGCGCGAGAGUUCUUUGCAUAGAAGUUGCGUGGAAAUUUUUAUAAAAAAUGAAAUUACUUAAUAAAUAUAACACAAAUUACCGUAUUAAUGAUUUUUUCCCACUAGUAAUCGUAUUAUUAGUUUCUUUAAGUCAAAAGCGCCCGAGGAAUUUAAAUGCAUGCCGUGAACUGUCCUCUCCCAAAAGAAUAAACGAGUCGGUGGUAUGGUUAUUUGCGAGGAAGUUGGGAUUGAAGGAACAGGAGACCUUGUCAAACGACGUGGAUAUUUGCCCUGGUUUAGUAUUGAUCGACGUUGAAGAAGAAUUGAUUUACGUUGAAGAAGAACUAGUUGCCAUUCUCUCACAUUUGCUUCAGCAGCCAAUAGAUAUAGUACCACAGCGACCAUGAUUUUUAUUCAAUUUUUGUUUUAAUAUCAAUUGUUUAUUUCACCAAAUCAUCGAAAGUCAUUAAUACACAUUAAUAUUAAGCAGCUGGUGGAAAGGAAAUCAUUAUCCAAAAAAAUCAUUCUCUCUGAGCAUUUAGAACUGGCGGAUCUGCGUGUUAGAUACGACCACCGUAUUCCUUUGCCAACACUAGUUUCGUCUACAACUCUCCGAGUCAAUCCAGUAUAUUUUUGAUGAAUCAGCUCAUCGCAAAGCCGGCAAGCGACAUAACGCUCAGACUCACCUUUAAUGAACAAAUCAUAGUUAA